ACUAAGGGAGGCUGCAUCAAAGGAAUUAAGAAGUAAGGAGCCUGCAAAGACUGCAAAGCCUUCUGCGUCUAAGAUUACAACCUGGCUUCAAAAUGUUCUGGAGCUGUGGCCGCUGGGACGUGCAGGGAGUGUGGAGAACUGAGUCAGAAUCGCUAGCAAAUGAGCAAACCAGCCUCGGGGGCUGGCUAUGGUGGACCAGAAACUCAACGCCGACCAGCGCGUUCUUUGAAGAGCGGCUUUAUUCCUCCUAGGAGUUGGGGAGGAGCCUCGGGAGCUAGGGGCGGGGACUGACGGCCGGAGAGGAGCUUUGGUGGUUAGGGGCGGGGCUUAGGAGUCAGAGGCGGAGCCUCGGGCGGGGGCGGGGCGGGCCCCUGGGAUUGCACGCUGACGCGUGGCUCGCGGCUGUUUGUGGCUCGCGGCUGCGCUCUGGUGGCGCGCGCAAGCUCGAGCGCCGGUUAGCCCGUGCGUCGACGACGACGCUGCGCGUGCGGCGUUUGGCAUCAGCGGCCCGGAGAGGCUUUUCCUCUUGGCUCUAGUUUUGUUGUUUUAAACUCCCUACCGCGAAAAGCAAGCAAAAGGCGUGCGGAUAAGGGGAAACUAGAGGAGGAGAUUACUAUAACCCUCGAGUGAGGGGCGAAGAUGGAGAACGGUGCCCAGGCUUCAGAGUGUGACAGUGAUGAAACAGUGAUUGAGGGGUCGGUGACAGAGAACGAACUGGAAGAUGAGGAGCUGCCCUGGAGAAGGUUGCUCUUGAAUCGAGACCCGUCUUUUAAAUCUGAGUUCUGUCUUCAUUCUGGUGAAAAUGGAAUGUGGAAAGGCAUGCCUUCUCCUGAGAUCCAGCUUGGGCUCAAAUUCCUUUCCAGAAAGGACUCAGAAGAGCAAAAGAAUAAAAAUAAGGUGAUGCCGACUCUUAGUGAGGACCUGGUGUUGCAGGAUCCUCAAGAUGAAGCAACACAAAAUCAAGUUCUGUUACAGUUAACCAAAGAAUUCCCAGCAUUCUCUCUGCCGUUUCCUCACCCUGAAUUUUCCUGGAGCCACCGGAAGACUGGAGGUCCUGAAGUUGAAAAUGGUGAAAAUUUACCACAUCCAGGAAAGGAACUAAGUGAAAACACAGAUUCCCCUGAAAUUAGUCUUCUCUCUGGUACUUCACUUAUGGCAUCUGAUUUGGUUACACCAAAGGAGAAAUCAUUUGCAAAGCCAGUGAAGACCUUAGCUGUACCAAAUACAUUUUUUGAGCCUGAACAGGAAGUAACACUGACCAUGACAUCUAAAGAAACCAAAGAUGAAGAAAGCUCUCUUGAAACAUUUGUGUCUGCUUUAGAAAGAUUACUAGAAUCACCAGAAGGCACCCAAGAAGAAACACUGCUUGAAAUAGUGAAUGAUUUCAAUCCUCAAGAAUUGAAGAACCCAUUGAGCAGCUCCUUGAGUUCUGUGUCAGUCCCUUUGAAUGCCUUGUCAGCAUGUUGUAGAGAUGUACUAGAAAGCACGAAGAAUGAUGAUGCAUUGCCUGCUGAAUUGCUGGCAACCAUCAACAUGCUACCAGGUGACAAUGUAGAACCUGGACCUGUAGGACCCAUCUGUCAAGGACAAAAGAAAAGCAGCAGUGUUAGUAGUGGAAACGGAUGUUUAGAAGUGCAACCUACCAUGUCUCAGAUAGAUGAAGACUGCACACAAAUAGUACAGACUAUAGAAGACCCAAAACCAUUUAGAUUGCAAACACGGACUCAUGAAAAUACCAAGUCUUAUGAGCAACUAAAUGAUAAGGGAAAAUCAGAUACCGUGAAAAAUACCUCUGUCCAGGAAACACCCUAUGUACUCAGAAGAUCAUCUAGACUGGAAAAACUGAAAGCAAGCGGAGAUGUGGCACAUACAGACGUGUUGAAAAUGCCAGAAAGUAUUUCAUCAAAACCACUUAGUUGUGAGGAUCAAAUGCGUAACAUAUUUGCAACUGAGAAUUCCAGUAAGAGGGAGAUUAUGCAUUUAUCCAGAUUCAAGAGUGAACAGAGAAAGAAAAAUGAUCAACUUAAAAUAAAAAAUGGAAAAGGGAAGAUGAAUAAAAUGUGUCCUUGUAGUAUAAACUGGAGAAACGUUUUUGGAGAGAAUUUACUGUAUAAAGCUGCUCUCCAUGAUGAUGUUGAUCUGGUUCGCUGUUGCAUAAAAAAUGGUGGAAAUGUCAAUCAGCUGAGUUAUGCUGGUUGGACAGCACUUCAUGAAGCUAGUGUAGGAGGAUACUAUCAGACAGUAAGUGCGCUAUUAGAGGGUGGAGCAGAAGUGAAUGUCAAGGGAAAGUACCAGAUUACUCCCCUGCACGAUGCUGUGAUGAAUGGACAUUACCAGGUGGCAGAGUUACUUCUUCUGAACGGAGCUGACCCAUUACUUAAAAGUGACCAUGGAACAUGUGCUUUAGAUGAGGCCAAGGAUUCCUUUAUGGAGAAUCUCCUUAGGAAAUAUAUUCCUAAACAUAAAAACCAUCACUUGUCAGCUCAAAGGAAGAGCACUGAUCCAGCAUAUGUAGACGAUAUAUUCCAGUACAAGAAACCAAAAUUAGGUUCUAAUAAUCACACUGAGUUUAUUUGUAGUGAAAAUUCUAAUAGACAGGAACCAGAACAUGUAGAAAUCAAUAAAGAAAGAAACAUUUUACUUGUAAAUAAAGAAUAUGUAUAUGAACAUUGCCAGAAAAAUACCAUAGAAUUUGGAAAUUCCAAGCCUAGGCAAUCAACUAUUAACCAAAUAGACUUUACAGGACAUAGAAGGAGCAGAGUCCGCAGUGUGAAAGACAGCAGAGCUAAUGUGUCUAAAAGUAAAAAAGGAAAAAAUACACAACAUAAAAAGACUCAAGCAGAUGACAGAGACUGCAGUUUAAGUCAGGGAACAGCUAUUUCCUCUUCCAGGGGAAUGGAUAAAUUAGUCACUCAGCAGCAGCAUACCGCUCUAACCCUCGAUGACCUUCCAAAAGAGUCUUGUCAACUUUCUACCCCAGCUCUACCAAGCUUGAAAAAUGAUGCAGAUAACAAUAAUGAGGCUUGUUUAAAUUCCAAAAAGCCAAAUACCAGCAAUCUGGAUUUAUCAGAUAGUCAAGAAAUGCAAUUCUUAGAGUCCAUUGAUCAAACUAGAGCUGUUUCCUUUUCUGAACUUUCAUUAUAUAAAGAAAUAAAAUUACCACAUGUAACUGCAGAUCAACAACCUCACACUAACCAAGAGCAAUGCAGUAGCCCAUGUAAGCCCCCUGAAAACCAUAGCUCAGAUGAAAAAGGCAAGAACCUUAAUGAAUGGGAAGAUUCUUUCCUCUCCUUCAUAAAAGGACGCUUUGCUGACAGUGAUAGUGAUUGCCACAACUCUGUCAAGUCUUCGGCAUCUCAGGAAGAGUGCAUGGCUGUCUGUCAUAAUGAAGAAACCACAACAGAUGUAGAAAAAAUGAACUCUCGAUGGUUUUUAUCUUCUGAAAACUAUUUUUCACAAGAAAAUGAGCUAAAAGCAGGUAGCCAAACUACAUAUUCCCAGGAGAAAUCUGUUAAUUAUUGUGAUUUGAAUGAUACAUUAAUUUAUAAACAACCUAUUCCAAAUCAUAAACAGUGUACAUAUGGGAUUUCUUUUGAUCACUCACAUGCAAUUUCUGAGCACAAUUCUACGUCUUGUACAAGAUCACCUUCAAAACAGCAAGUUUCACAGUUGACUGGUCAAGUGGAGCUAUUAAAAGUAUUCCAGAAUAAUUCCCACAGUGAGCCAACUCUGUUAGUUAAUCAAGUUAAUACAUAUAAUGUGGAAAAGAAGCAAGACACUGAGAGGAAUUAUACCAUAGAAGGCCAAAACCCAUGUUCUUCACAUAGUCCUUUACACACUCAUUCUCAAGUAAUAGAAGUAACUAAAGCUGAAGAAAGGAGUCAAGACCUUCCAGAGAAUGAGCUCGUGAAUGAUACAGAUUUUCAUUCCACUGACAAUGUGAAUAAAGAAUUGAGCAACUCUAUACACCUUGAUCAAGGAGAAGAGAAGGAAAUUGCUCACAAAUCAGAUGAGGAGUUAACUACGAAUACCAGUAGAGCUGAAAGAACUGUAAGAAAUUGCAGGGAGGAAAAGGAAAAUGUGGGUUCAGCAACUACAUUGCCUUGUGAUACCCAAGACCAUGGAAGAGACCAGAAUUUCAGAGAAAGAAAAGGUUCCUUGAAAGCUCCCUGCAGCCAAGUUGCAGAAGUGAACACAGCUGGAAUCAGGAAGAGGAAUGCCAAAGGAGAGAGCCUGCUGCAUGUGGCUUCCCAAGGAGGAGAUCUGUCCCUAGUGAAGGUUCUAAUAGCAUCUGGAGCAAACGUAAAUCUAAAAGAUAAUACAGGUUGGACACCCCUUCAUGAGGCAUCUAGUGAGGGAUUUAAUGAUGUAAUUAUUGAGCUAUUAAAAGCUGGUGCAAAUGUAAACUGUGAAAAUGUAGAUGGAAUGCCGCCUUUACAUGGCGCUGCUGUGGGCAAUCAUUUAAAGUCCCCCUCCCUCGUCAGCCCAAAGAGCAAUCAGGGUUCUCUGCCCUGUGUGAAGUCCAAGGACCACCCACCUCCAUCCAGGCCUAGUAAGGCAGCUGAGACACUCCUAGAACGUGGAGCAAACCCUAAUCAGAAAGAUCAGAAACAGAGGACUGCUUUGGAGGAAGCAGAUGAUGAAAAAACGAAAGACCUACUAAGAUCUUACGGUGCUGAUGAAACCAGUAAUGGAGAUGAGAUUGGCUCUACAGUGCCUGUAAAACAUCCUGCUCUCCGACCAAAAAGAUGUAAGCCAUGUCCUUGUGAUGAUGGAAAAACCAUUGCUCCUCCUUCCCCCUUACACAAAGUGAAGAGAAGUGAAAACCUCCCUGCGCAUCAGACCAUCAGUGCUAUUUUACAAGACAUAGAAGAAAAACAAGAAAACUUAUUAAAGCUUGAAAUAAGAGACUCUGAAGAUGCAGAACAAUACAUUGGAGAGAUGUUAGAGAUAAAAGAAGUUAUGGAUGAUAUACUUGCUCAACAGAAGACAGAAAGGGAUGAUCUAGCUAAAAAAUACAGGGUAUCCAUGGAGUCAUUUAAGCAUGGGGCCCUGAGAGAACAACUGUCUAACUUGGCCACAAGACAAAAGAAGCUUUUAGUUGUGGCAAAGAAACAGAAAAAGAUAAGACUGAAAAUUCAAAACUAUAAGAAUUCCAAGCCAUUGUCUGAUAUUAGGAAGCGUACAUGUAGCUCAGACAUCUCUAGUGAGAAGAAGCGCCAAGAGUCUCCUAGUAUGAAAAACUCAGUAUAUCCCCAGUCAGACUUACUUUCUCCUGUCAGUCUUGCUGCUCUUUCUCCUGUCAGUAGAAACAUGGAAGAAAUACCAUUGUCGAUGGAAAUGGAAAGAGAACUCUCUGGAAAUGAGAUGAAUUCUAAACGAAAUGUCCAGGAUUGUGCCUUGGAUGGACUACUGAAAUCCAGGCUCACAGAUGGCACUAAGAAAACUGAAUUAUCAUCCCAGCCUGUUACUUUUGUUCCUCAAGCAGGAAAUUCACAAGCAGAAAGUAGUUUAACAGAAACUCUGGUCAAAGGCUACAAACCUGAUGGUUCUCCUGCAGUGACUGGCACUGUAAGUAUUUCAGAAGAUAAAAGUGUGCUUUCCCAAAAUGAUGCCUGUCCACCAGCUGUUCCUCAGAAUUUGGACCUUUCCCGUUGUAAUCCAAAAAGAAGAAACAAGAAAGCAGCUUCCAAUCAACCAUGUGUAGGAGCAUCAGAACCUCUGGCUCAUCAAGCAGUUACUGUCUUAGACACUGAUACUGUGCAGCAUGCCAAUAGCGUUCCGAUCCCUCCUUCCUCUGGGUCUGCUCGUCAACAACCUAUUAAAAAGCCGCCUCACCACAGCACAGCUCCUAAAAAGAAAAAUAUGCAGCUGAAAGAUUUGCUAGUACGUGGAAGAAUUAAUACAGGAAAGGACAUUCUGGAAUUCAAAACACAGGAGACUACUCACAAAGCCAGUAUUUUACUGAGUGGUAAACUUAAGGUAGAAAACGGUCAGAUUUAUCAGAACCCAGUUAGCUGGCUCAAGGAUCUUCUGGGAGGUGGCAAUUAUGUGACCUGGAAUUAUGCUUGGAGUAAGGUAACAUACCUUGGAAAGGAGCUUUUGAAGUAUGUUUCUGAAGAAGAGCCUGUUCCUCCAGAGCCAUGUAACACACCUCAGCAGCAGCAGCCUUGCCUCCCAGCAGGCACUUCCGGAAAGUCAGUGCAAAGUUUCCCUCAUUAUCUACAGAUAAAAGAAAUACUUGCAAUCAGCGACCAAGAGCUUCUGCCAAGCCAUGUAAUGGAGCAGCAUUGGAAGUUCUAUGUGGAAUGUAAGACGCUACCAUUCUGAAACCUGGGUUCUUGGUAGCCUAUUUCGUAUUGUUCUUCUAAUCAGCAGCCAGCCAUCCCAUCUUGUGUGGCGGGAGCUGUGUAUUCACUGUGUUAAGAAAACUGCUAGGCCAGGCUAGUGCUUUCGUGCCAGUGAAAUA